CCACGUCUUCCUCCUAAACCUUAUGAAUUCUUUAUGAACCAUCAGGAAGUGACUUCAUAAGCCAUGCAGCCUGAAUCAAAAUAACCAAUCACCCUUGUGAAGAGAAGAUCACGUUCCGUUCUGGACGACAGAAGAUCGUUGAGUGACCGGGAUAUUUUGGGCCAGACGUGUGUAUGUUGGCAGAAGGAAGCCCCUCCUGAGGGUGUAAUCUGAAGCCGCUGUUGUAUCGGCAGCAGUAAGUCACUGCAGUCCUCGGUUUUCACGCGCCUUCUUCAUGUUUUGACGCACAAGGACAGCGUGGUGUUUUCAGCUCGCCUUAAAAUGUCGCAAUGCUGGUGGAUAAGAAACAGCUAACGCCUGGGUAUCUUGGAAGUACUGAAUGCAUGAUUGCGAAAGCUUCCUGGUUCGCGUGCAAAACAGCUGUUUGACACCAUCUGCGAAACGCGAGCUCUCAGGACGCGACGCGAAGCGGUUUGUUUCGCUAACAUCUCCUAUUUUGGACGCACGCAGAACGCGUCUUCAUCGAGAUGUCUCUCCGUGGCUGACCGCGCGUGGAGUGCAUCAUGUGGCGGGCGCGGUGCCAGGACAGCGGGGUCGAUCCCGAACGCGAGCGGCUCUGGGCCGAGCUCUUCGCGCAGCUGGAUCUGAACAAGGACGGACGGAUCGAUGUGAGCGAGCUGCGGAUCGGACUCGCCGCGCGGGGGGUGUCGCUGAGCUCCGUGGAGGAGCAGGUUGUACGAGCUGGAGACGUUAAUCAUGACGGUCAGCUGGAUUUUGAAGAGUUCACCGAGUAUCUGCGUUCACAUGAGAAACGCCUUAGACUCAUGUUUCGCAGCUUGGACCGAAACAAUGACGGUGAACUGGACGUCGGGGAGAUCCAGCAGUCGUUACACAAUCUCGGCGUGGACGUCACGCUGGAGCAGGCCGCCAAAAUCCUGCAAAGUAUGGACAAAGACCAUUCCAUGACCAUCGACUGGUUUGAGUGGCGAGAUCACUUCCUGUUUAACCCUCUGCACAACAUGGAGGAAAUCGCUCAGUAUUGGAAACACUCGGUGAUGUUGGACAUCGGAGAGCAUUUGACGAUUCCAGACGAGUUCUCGGAGAAGGAGAAGCGGUCAGGGUUCGUGUGGCGGCAGCUGAUGGCAGGAGCCGUGGCAGGAUCGGUGUCCAGGACAGGAACCGCGCCGCUAGACAGACUCAAGGUCUUUCUGCAGGUGCACGGCCAGAGCUCUGAUAAGGGUAAUGUGUGGCACGGUCUGCGUGCGAUGGUGAAGGAGGGCGGCUUCACUGCGCUGUGGAGGGGGAACGGCAUCAACGUGCUGAAGAUCGCGCCAGAGACAGCCAUCAAAUUCCUGGCCUAUGAACAGAUUAAACGUUUGAUGAGAGGCAGUAAAGAGGCAGGAACUCUGAAAGUUCAUGAGAGAUUCGUCGCUGGAUCACUGGCUGGAGCUACGGCUCAAACUAUCAUAUACCCUAUGGAGGUGCUGAAGACUCGUCUUACUCUUCGUAAAACAGGACAGUAUUCUAGUGUGGCGCACUGCGCUAAGCAGAUCCUGCAGAAGGAGGGCGUUUUGGCCUUUUAUAAAGGAUACCUGCCCAACAUGCUGGGCAUCAUCCCGUAUGCCGGCAUAGACCUCGCCGUCUACGAGACGAUGAAGAACGCCUGGCUGCAGAGACACACGGAGGGCUCGCCCGACCCGGGCGUCCUGGUGCUGGUGGGCUGCGGCACGGUGUCCAGCACCUGCGGUCAGCUGGCGUCCUACCCACUCGCCCUCAUCCGAACACGCAUGCAGGCGCAGGCGUCGGUGAAAGGAGCUCCUCAGCUGUCCAUGUUGACCCUCUUCAGGAAUAUCGUGGCUCAGGAGGGUGUGGUGGGACUCUAUCGAGGCAUCGCUCCCAACUUCCUCAAGGUCAUCCCGGCGGUCAGCAUCUCCUACGUCGUCUACGAGCACAUGAGGGCCCUGAUAUUCAGAUAUUCAGGGUAAAGAAAAGUAUGGAGGAAUGCAAGGCAGAAGUUGCCCCGGCAGUUUUUAAGUGUACUGUAUGUGAUUUUAACAAAAGUUAUUUUAAGGUUAUGAAUUUAGCUAGAUGUUAACGCUAACGAGCAAACAGUGGUAUCAAUACACAAUUAAUGACCCAACACUGGUGUACUACAAACUCAGUCAUCUUACCAUAAACUCGGAAGUACUUUUACUCUGCACUUUUUAGUGUGUAGUGUAGGUAUCUGAAUUGGGACGCAGCCUUGGAGUUCGGUUUAUAAAGCUGUUAUCCUCAAUGCAUGAGGUACUGUAGCCUACGGUUUGGAGCAGAAAGCCUUAUGGGUGUUUGUGUUUGUGAUUUUUGACUCAUAGAAAAAUAGGACUAAGCAAAACAGACUUUUUGAUAAGAGUCACUUCUAGGUCAGUGUACUCUGUUUUAUCACUGACUGAGUUGAUAUAUUCAGAUAGACUGCUUGUAUGUGUUACAAUAAAAUAAAGAUUCCCACACGGAAUCCGCGCACACAGGUUUCCAUAGAAUUCAAGCAUUACUUGUUCACAAAAUUCUACACAAGUUCAAGUCUCAAAAUUUGAUUUUUGUUUCUUUUAGGCUGUCCAUUAGCACAUCCGUAUGCUACUGCACUACUAAAUGUUCACAACACAAACUUUUAGCAAAUAUAUAUGCAUUUAAAUUCCAGUCUUUAUCUUCUGGGAAAACGGACCAAAAAUAUUGAAGACGUCCAAUCAAAUGCUCUCAAGAGCAACAAUGUCCCUCCCAUUCAGCUGUGACAGACACUGGCUAUUUAAAUAAUAGUUAUUUACUAUACUAAUUAUGCCAUCUGCUUCCAAUAAAAGCUAAAUAUUUGCCACGUUUACAUCUAUUCUGCAAAAUGUACUCACAACUAGUGGGGUAAGUGUGGGGAAAAAAAAAAAGUUUGCAUAUUUCGACUGGGUCUCCUCAUUUCUAGUGCUUUUGUAUGCUAACAUUAUUAUUGUUCUUAUUUUGAUGACAACAAAAAUCAUGUAUGGUCAUUAUAUAUUUUUGCUGUUCUUCCAUGUAUUUUUCUUUGAAAGGAAACUAAAGUCUGUUACUGAAUGCAUGCAAGAGAAUGUAUGUAAAUUAAAUUAAAUUAAAUUAAACAGUACAGAGUCUUUGUUGAUGGUCUUUAUAAUUGUUAUAACACCAGGGGCCUGUUUCAUAAAACAAGUUU